AUGAGUUAUGAGUCUAGCUCAAAACGACCUUUAUAUCCGAAAAUAGAUCCAAUAACUGUCCUUAAAAAGGUUAAGAGAGAUUCAGAGAUUUCCAAGUGUUUCUUUUGCGAGGGCAGUGAGACUGCAGCAGGCAGUGGCUUGAGUAGUGCAACAGAGGAAGGGAAAAGCAAGGUUGUCGAGGUUGCCCUAAAAAGAAAAUCUCUGAAUGAUACAAGUUCCCUAGGUGUUAUUGAAAGGAUACUUGCUACCAUUGGUACCGGUGAAAAUAUAAAUUUAGAUGAUUUAAAAUGGCAUCGUUCUUGUUAUAGCAAGUUCACCCAUAUAGGCAUGCUAAAUAGGCUUGAGAAGAAACAAGAGGGCAUAAAAACAGUCCAUGAAGCUUCAAAUAGUAAUACUGUUGCACAUCAGGCCUCCACACGCAGCAGACAUGAGCAUAACAUAAAAUGGGAAAUAUGUAUGUUUUGUCAAACAAGUGAAGGCAAAAACCUCAGAAAUGUUAUGACGAUGACACUGUCAGAUAAAAUUUUAUCAAUGGCAAAACAAGAUGUUGUUAUGCGUGUGAGACUAGCAAAUGUAUGUGACCUAGUGGCUGCAGAGGGGAAAUAUCAUGUACAGUGCUGGGUUAAAUUCCAGAAAACAAUUACUACAUCUAAUUUGAAAACUGUGGAUCCUAGGAAUAGUGACCAAUCCCUUGAUAUACUUUGUUCUGCUAUUCUAACAGGGUUAAACUCUGGUCAUGUGUAUGAUAUGGGAAAUAUCUGGGUUCACUAUAAGAAAUUGUGUUCUAAUCUAAACAUGCAAAUCCCCCAGAAAUACAUAACAAGGAGGCAAUCAUUUUAUAAUGACAUCCAAAAUUUAAUUGGUGAAAAGGCUGGUUUUAUUAGACCCAUAGAUCCUAAGGCUCACCUCCUUGUUUACCCCAACAAUAAGACUGAUUUUGCUGUAGCACAACACCUAGAAUAUGUGAGUAAUGAUGAUGAAGACAAUCUUGGUAAUGAAGAUCACCUUGUUCCCUUCCAAGACAAUGCCCUGCUAGAAUUAGUCCAUACAGCUAUGACCAUUAGGAAUGAUUUGGAAAAUACACCAGGUCAUAGUGCUGCAUGGUGUGGGCUAGAUAAGGAACAUGUUGCUAAGGUUAUUCCCCAAAGCUUAUAUACUUUUCUUUCAGUUCUUUUCGGGGGAACAGAUAUAUUAGAAGAAAGAUCAUCUAAAUUAGAUGACCAUAUCACUAGCAUUGCUCAGGAUGUAUUUUACUUAGCCUCUAGAAAGAGAAAGUUGACCCCAAAGCAUAUUGGUCUAGGGCUUACACUACACCAGGCAACUAGGUCAGAAAAGCUUGUUGAUUUAUUUCAUGCAGCAGGUCAUACAAUAGGGAUGGAUACAAUUAGAAGAAUUGAUACUACAAUAGCUUCAGAUAUAAUCGACAGGUUUAACAAAAAUGGGCAUAUAUAUAUCCCAAAUGAGCUUGUGCCAUAUUCCCCUAGCCGUAUUGUUCUAGCCUCAUGUGAUAAUAUUGAUGUGCUUGAGGAAACAAUAGAUGGAAAAAACACAUUUCAUUGCACGCAAAUGAUGCUGUGGCAAAGAGGCCCGGCAAAUAUAAGGUCUGACAUAGAUAUUAAGCACAUCAACAGGGCAAAAACAAUAACAAGGGAUAGCUUAGAUCAAUUCCAUAAGUUAGAUCAUGCCAGCAUGCCAGUUGGUGAAAGGCCAAAGCCAGUUAGUAACCUUCCUCCUGACCUAGAAAUAGAAAAGUGGUUUAAUAAAAGCAAUAAUCAGGUUGAGUCAAAAAUGAAAAAUAUGGCAUGGAUAAUAGCACGUAUGUGCCAAACCUCUCAACAAAUGGUGCCAGCUUGGGCUGCUUUUAAUGAGAAGAUUAGCUUAGUUAACUCACCCAUUACUACGCCUGGUAUGUUGCCUAUACUUCAGGCUCCUGCAGAUGAUAAUAAUACCAUGACAACCAUACUUAAUCGCUUUACAUCAAUUGCUAAACAUCUUGGCCAGCCAAAUACUGUAAUAGCAGUAGAUCAACCUUUGUACAGUAGAGGCAAGGAAAUUAUUUGGGCCAACCCUGAAAAAUAUCAGAAUGUAGUUUUGGUUAUGGGCCAUUUGCACGUUCUCUUUAACUUUCUUAAAGCAAUAGGACAACAUAUGGAAAAUUCAGGGCUUGCAGAUAUAUGGGUUGAGUCUGGUGUUUUUGCGCAAAAUACUACUGGUGCAAUGUUAGAAGGGAAGCAAUAUUAUCGAGCUGUAAGAGGUCAUCUAUUAACAUAUGAAGCUUUAAGUCGAAUUUAUUGGCAAUAUUUUACUUCUUGGUUAACAUCUAAUGAAAGUGAGGUUAAUUUAAAAUCAAUGACAGAUCAAAUAGUAAAGGCAUUCAGUCACAGAAAUUCUGAUGAUGAAGCAGUUAAAGCAGUAAAUUGUUUAGUCACUACUCUAAAGACGCAUGAUGUUUUAGGUAUGAUGGAUGAAUUUGAUAAUACACUGCAGCAUUUACCCAAUUUUGUUCUUUGGAGGUCAUACAUGAAGAUGGUUGAAACAUUGCUAGACUUUAUCCGGGCUAAUCGGGAGGGUAACUGGGCCCUUCACUUAGAUUCAUUUUCAGCAAUGCUUCCAUGGAUGACAAUCUAUGACCAUACAAAUUAUGCUAG